AGGUACAUCGACGUAUACGACGGCAGGGACGCGCACCGUUGCGAAGAGAUCGCAAGGUGGCGCAUUCAUUCACCCUAGUGAGCACAACGGGGAACAAAAACUCUGUAACUGACAUCAUGGACUUCAACGACUUGCUGCGCAACACGAAGACGGCAGCAGAGGAGGACAAGGCUGCCGUGAAGGUUCCCCUCGCCGGGCACAAGCGUGGCGCGGAGAGCAAAGAGUCCGCCUCGGCCACCACCGCCGACGUAGCCGCAAAGAGAGUUCGUCGUGGUGGCGCGGUGGAAGGGCUCAACCUUCAGGCCGCGCAGGACGCCCUCGCACUGGAGCGUGGCAGCUCCUCCGCCCACGCCCAGCAGCAGCGGGUGCAGGCCGACCUCCUCUCCGAGCAGGCCGCCGCUCGAAUGGUGCACCAGGUCGUGGACUACGUGCUGCAGGUGGAGCUGGGCGGGCGCCACAACGCCUCCAAAGGCGGGGUGCCACCUUUUGUGCCGACAGGAGAGCAACUCGCCGCGGAGCGCGCCAUGUGGACGACUGCUGCCGGCUACUCGGUGCACCACAUCGUGCCCGCCGCGUCAGACGCUGCGACCGCCACGCUGGAGACGCUCAUGAGCGUGACGGAGAAGGAGCGGGUGCCGGAUGGCAUACGAAUGCUGCGGAGCUCGUUGCAGAUCUGCAAUGUGGAGGCCGAUUUGGUGGGCGGCGUGCGCUCCGGCAUGGCACCACACCUGCGCGCGCAUGUGCUGGAGGUGCUGGAGCGCGGCCUGCGCGGCGAGGCGUGGCUGCGUGACGACACCAACGGGGCGACAUUUUUUGACGCGUUGGGUAAGCCGACGACACCGGAAAAGGGCCCGUCGAGUGUUUUGCUCUUUCGCGACUCGGCGCCGUCGGUGGCGGCACAAUUGGCGGGGGCGGGCGAAGGCAGCGACAGCGGCACCGUGGCGGGGAACCCUUAUUCUGCUGGUGCCGCAGCAGAUGCCCCGCUCGGUGGGUUUUCGCUCUCUGCGUUCCUUCACGAAAACACGUCUUCCAAAAGCUCCUCGGAUGAAGACGGCGAAGGCUGA